AGCUGGAAAGGCAAGCACCAAGAAAAAUGUAUCUUCUGAUAAUAUCAAUAGUGAAGAGACCCCUAUUGAAACAAUUUUUAUUGAAGAAAUUAGUAAUCAUAUUGCAGAUUUGAUUUCUGGUUUAGAACACAAUGAAAUGCUUUCUUCUACAUUCUGUGUUAAGCUUGAUGAGGCUAUGCUAUCUACAAUUGCACCAAAUCUUUCAACUCAUUAUCAAGGUGUUGGUAAUGCAUAUUUUGUAUGUUCCCAGAGUGAUGAGCUCAAAUAUGAAUAUAAAGAGUCAAAUCAUAUAAGGAUCAAUCAUUUUAAUUGUGGUGACAAGUUAAAUAUUAAUAUCGACAUUUCAGCUAAAGAGGCUAAAGUAGUAUUAAAGCAUAAAUUAAUUUAUGAUAUACUUGUUGAUAUUACAACACCACCAGAGAUUAAACAAGAAAUUAUAGAUAACUUAAACAUGGAUCCUAUACACCUCCGAAUACACCUUCGCAAGAAAUUUGAUAUUAAUGAAACUCAUAAAAAGCUACAAACUGAGGCUCUUGAGGGUUUUUUUCGUACCCUUUACAAUAAAGGUUUGCAUCCAAUCUAUUUUUAUACUGAUAAGGACUUCAUGGAAAUAAACACUGCAAAAAAUGUAUGGCCAUUUAAAGAGGUCUUAAAUGAGUUCUCUUUUGUUGACUCUUCUUUUAAACCUGAUUUACAACAUGAAGACAAAGAGUACUAUGUUGUUUGUUCGUCAAACCUUCAUAGAAAUGUAAUUGGCUUUGUUAAAAUAUACAAGAUUCCGGUUAAUUCUAAUAGUUCGUUUUUAUCUCCUACUGAAAUAAGAAAUAUAGCAGUUCAAGAA